CUUGGCACAGCACACCCUGCUGGUUUUGGAGCAGGAGGGGAGAUAUCUUUUCUGUCAUCACCGCAAUCUCAGAAAAAGGUGAUCAACGUUACUUCUCAAACGAUGGGGAACAGAGACGACGAGUAUGACUUCUUGUUCAAAAUCGUGCUAAUCGGAGACUCCGGAGUGGGGAAGAGUAACCUGCUGUCCCGUUUCACAAGAAAUGAGUUCAACCUGGAGAGCAAGAGCACCAUCGGGGUGGAGUUCGCCACCCGCAGCAUCCAGGUGGACGGCAAGACGAUAAAGGCUCAAAUUUGGGACACAGCUGGACAAGAACGCUACAGAGCAAUCACCUCAGCGUAUUACCGGGGGGCAGUUGGAGCUCUCCUGGUUUACGACAUCGCCAAGCACCUGACGUACGAGAACAUUGAGCGCUGGCUGAAGGAGCUGAGGGACCACGCCGACAACAACAUCGUCAUCAUGCAGGUCGGGAACAAGAGCGACCUCCGCCACCUCAGGGCCGUGCCCACCGACGAGGCUCGAGCCUUCGCAGAAAAGAACAGUAUCUCAUUUAUUGAGACGUCUGCGUUGGACUCCACGAAUGUAGAGGAGGCGUUCAAGAACAUUUUAACAGAAAUCUACCGCAUCGUGUCGCAGAAGCAGAUAGCGGACCGAUCUGCUCACGAUGAGUCUCCGGGCAACAACGUGGUGGACAUAAGUGUCCCCCCGACCACUGACGGACAGAAAGGCAACAAACUCCAGUGCUGCCAGAGCCUGUGACGCUCAACGCCACGACCCCCGACCUCCACCUAUCCACCUCGACAUCACAUCACCUGUGCACUUUCUGUUCCUGUUGCUCCUAGAAUUCUGUUUUAUAUAGAACCUUUGAACUCACUCGUGCUCUUCUCUUGUUUUGCCAUGAAUUAAAACUUUAAGAAGCCUUUAUGUCACUCGGUCCGUGGAGUCGAUGCAGGAACAGGGCCGUGCUCUCUGUCUUAAUGAAGCCUGAGAAACUGUAAGUUUGAUUGAACUGAAACUCUGUGGUGUACAGGAAGGUUGUGAAAAACAUGUCAAUGGUUACCACUAGAUGGUGCUGUGUAAAUAAACUACAGGCAGUUACUCCAACCUGGUGAAGCAGUGUUGUGCGUUUUACAGCCUGGUUCCUCCAACUUCAUUCUGUCAUCAGAUAAGUUAUCAUGCCAAAAAUGUCCUCUUUAGGUAUUUAUUGGAGAAUAUUUGGCUUAAGCUGUCAUUGUUUUACUUUACAUUUAAAAACUGUAUAAAUUUCCAAUAAAAUUCUUGACAAAAGUAAA